AAAACUAAUUAGUGUCAACAUGCGCAGAAUGAACGAAAUCCUGCCAUCUGAUCACUAUGAUCAUUUAUAGAACAUAAAUCUAAUGUUUUUACUGCGCACGUCGUUUUGUUAUGAAAAUGCGCCUUUAUCUUAAUUGUUCAUCAAAACAGGACGAAUAAUCGUUGUUAUAACGUAGCAAAAAAAACUUUCGAAAUGUCAAAAAAACAAUAUGUAUUUUGGAUUCAGUGUCACAUAAUCUAAACUAAAAAUUUCAAUUUAUUAAAAAGGGAUCAUUUAAAGAAGUAUGGAACUUGCGCGAAAUUUUGUCACUUGUAAAUUACGAUGCUAUUUUCUUAAAGCACCCAAAAAGUUUUGUUUGUUUCAAGUACGACACAUCAGAUUAGCAGAAGUGGGAAAAUUAGAAACUCCAAAAUUACAAGGAAAAUAUGAAACUGGUCAAUUAAUUUUACAUAGAGUAUUUGGUUAUCGAGGUGUAAUAUUAUUUCCUUGGACAGCAAAAGUUUAUGAUAGAGAUAUUCCAAAUAAAACAGAAGCAAGUACAACUAAUAAUUAUAAUAGUGUAGGAAAAGAAGUAAAAGGUAGAACACAUACAUUUUAUCAGGUAUUAAUUGACCAAAGAGAUUAUCCAUUUAUACGUGCUCAAACAGAAGCUGUAACAUUUUUGAGUAAUCAUGAAAGUAGUCGCAGCUUAUAUACAAUACCAGGAUUAGAUUAUGUUGCACACGAAGAUGUUUUGCCUUAUACCACAAAUGAGAAGACUGCAUUACAACAUGAACUAUUUGACAAAUUCUUAGCUUAUAAUCCAAAUCAUGAUCCAUGUUUUAUUGCGCAAGAAACUUUGAAAGCUUGGCAAAAGAAAAAUCAUCCAUGGUUAGAAUUAUCAGAUGUACAUAAAGAAACUACUGAAAAUAUUCGUGUCACUGUUAUUCCAUUUUAUAUGGGUUAUAGAGGAAGUCAAGCUACAGCAGCACAUUGGUGGCGUUACUGCAUACGUUUAGAAAAUUUAGGAGAUUUAAGUGUACAAUUACGUGAAAGACAUUGGAGAAUAUUUAGUCUCUCUGGUACAUUAGAAACUGUUAGAGGAAGAGGUGUAGUUGGUCAAGAACCUGUUUUGUCAAAAUUGUUACCUGCUUUUCAAUAUAGUAGUCAUGUGAGCCUGCAAGCUGCAAGUGGUCAUAUGUGGGGUACUUUCAGAAUGGAACGGGAAGAUGGGUAUGCAUUUGAUUGCAGAAUUCCACCUUUUUCAUUGGAAUCAAAAUUAGAAGAUUCAUCAACACCAAAUAUGAAUUCAUAAUUAAACCAUGCAAUACCAACUGUAAAGUGAUUGUAAUUGAACUUUUUUGAUAUAUUGGAAAUUUGUUAAUGAUUAAACUUAACAAUAUGUGACACUUAAAUAUACAAUAUUAAUAAUAUUAGCUGUAACAAUUGAUUACAAAUAUUAUAUCUAGAACUUAAGUUGUGCAGUUUCUUGUAAUUGUAAAUAUAAGUAAAUAUUUUAAAAACCAGCUUUCCCAUAAAUAUAUUUUACUUACGAAAUGGCAAUGAGUACACAAAGUGUAAUUGUAUAUGUUUUUAUUUUUAAUCGUAUAAUUGUUACAUAAAUUGCAAUGUUUGAAUGCGAUUACAGUUUAUUUAUAUUUAUUUUGUCGAAAAUUCGUCAGAUAUUAGUAGUGAUGUACGCUGGUUCGAAAACUCUCAUAGUGGAAAUGAUUUUUUAACAAAUUAUGAAAGUUUUAUAAAAUUGUAGCAUUACUAUCAUUUUGUCAUGUAUGAAACUCAGCCAGCCAAUCAUCAUUUUGAAUUGUAUAGAAAACGAUUGUAGUGCCCUUAUUUUACGGUAAAUUUUGGUAGCUUCACACUGUUUUAUCAACAUGGAACGAAUUAUAACCUUAUCAUGAAUCGAAACAUCGGCAUGCAACAAAGCAAGGAGUGUUUACCAAAGUACAUCAGUUGAUCAAUAAAAAAACUGUGUAUAUAUUUAAUUGAAAAUUGUAUUGCAUAUUUACUGUUACGUAAUUAAUUCUACUGAAAAUAUAAAAUCUGUUAAACAUAA